GACCAAUACCCAACCACCAAAUUAAAGUCCACGCCACCGCGCGAAUAAAAACAAGAUCGAUCGGAAAGAACCAGAAGCUCAAACACCACCGCCGCCGCCGCCGCAGCCUUCGUAAUUCAGCAAGUCGGAAUAUGGGUAUAGUGGAAGAAGCACAUAACGUGAAGAUUAUUGGGUCCGGCGAGCAAACAGUAGUACUCUGCCAUGGCUUCGGAACGGACCAAUCGUGCUGGAAACACCUGAUUCCUCAUUUAGUUGAGGAUUAUAGGGUGGUUUUGUUCGAUAAGAUGGGCGCCGGCACCACCAAUCCAGAUUACUUUGAUUUUGGCCGGUACGGUAGUCUAGAGGGAUAUGCUUAUGAUCUACUUGCUAUAUUAGAAGAGUUGAAGAUUGAAUCUUGCAUUUAUGUCGGCCAUUCUGUUUCGGCUAUGAUUGGUGUCAUCGCCUCCGUCAGCCGUCCUGACCUCUUCAAUAAGCUCAUCAUGCUCUCCGGCUCUCCAAGGUACUUGAAUGAUGUAGACUACUUUGGAGGAUUUGAUCAAGAAGAUUUGGACCAAUUAUUCGAGGCUAUGCAAUCGAACUACAAGGCGUGGUGCGCAGGGUUCGCGCCACUAGCAGUUGGCGGCGACAUGGAAUCAAUGUCGGUGCAGGAAUUCAGUCGAACCCUUUUCAACAUGAGGCCAGAUAUUGCUCUAAGCAUAGCUCAAACUAUCUUCUAUAGUGAUUACCGUCAACUCCUCCCUCAUGUCACAGUUCCUUGUCAUAUCAUCCAAAGUGUUAAGGAUUUGGCUGUGCCAGUUGUGAUUUCGGAAUACCUUCAUCAGAAUUUAGGUUCGAAUAACAUUGUUGAAGUUAUGUCGACAGAUGGUCAUCUUCCACAACUAAGCUCUCCUGAUGUUUUAGUUCCCGUGCUUUUACGCCACAUUCGUUCUAAUAUUGUUGUUUGAAGUUGAAAGAACUAGUCUAGCUUGGUAUUGUAAUCUUUUAUUUGGUGCAUUUGUAUUUAUAAUGUUCUGUGUUUUUUUAGCAUUUAUUUGGAAUUUGUUGAU